UAGUUAUCUGUGACAUGUCAAAAAAUAUACAUUAUGGAUAAUGAUAAUAAAUGAUUGGAUUUAAAAUGAUAUAACUAACUCGUAUUCUCAUUAAAUACACAAAUAAAUCUAACAUCAUGAUCCCAAAAAAUAAAUUUGAAUCAAAUAUUUAAGCAGAGAAGCUCGUUUUGAUUGGACAUAAUGAAAAAAUAAUGGCAAACUACGCGGAAAUUAAGAAACUAGACGAGGAAUCUUUGCAAAAGUUGACGGAAGGCGAAGGACCCGCCGACGAAUGUCUCUGUCCGCUGCUCUCGCCGCCAAUUGAGAAGAAGAAUUUCGCAAGAUCAGUCAAAAGGGCUCUCUCAGCGUUCGGAAAAUCGCGAAAACCGAAUAGAGUAUCAAAUAUGAUGGAGAACAUUAAAGAAUCAGGCUUCUUUUCGACGAGAGAGGUUCUAAAAAGACAGAAGUCUUGCGGCAAAUGCGGCUGCGACGACGAAAAUAUUGUGCUGAAACAUUCAUACGCGAACAUACGCAUAACAAGUCCUGAUCUAUCGUCUGUCUGUCCGUGCCCAUCGAACUGUUUGCCUGGUAAAGAUAAACUCGAGAAUAACAUAAAAGUUGUCAUCGAGAACGCGCAAGUUUCAAACAAAAUGUCUAAUUUGAAUGACAAAUGACGAACAUAUUAUACAUUUGUAGAUAUCUAGACAUUUAUC